GUUAAAAGAAUUAAUCGUACGACCAAUCCAAAAAUCUGUUACAAAACACAUUCCAGAACUCAAAAACACUUCUCACCUGAAUCAUAUCUCCUUAGAUUUCUGCGCCUUUUCUCUCUCUCUUAACAAAAACUACACCAUUUCUUUCAUUCCUUCUCUUUUAACCUCCCUUACUACUUUGCCUCUUUCACUUUCUCUCUCCUCCCAACAAAAAACCAUGAAACUACACCUAAAAGACCACUCCUCAGACCCCUCCUUCAAUCCCUCUCUUCCUAAACUCGCUUUCUCUCUCCUCCUUGGUCUUUCCCUUUACCUUUUCCUCUCUUUCUUCUCUCUCAAAUCUCUCUACUCCCCUCCUCCUCCUCUCUCUACCCACCUCACUCUCCUCGCUUCGGCCCCCGAGCCGAGCCCCGAACCCACCGAGCUUCGUCACGUUGUUUUCGGCAUUGGCGCUGCCGCUAACAAGUGGGGCCGACGCAAGGAGUUUAUUAAGUCAUGGUGGCGGCCUAAUGUCACACAUGGUUUUGUUUUUCUAGACCGGAAGGUUAACUUAACCCGGACGGAAGACCCUUACAAGUACCCAACGUUAAAAGUAUCCGAGGAUACUUCUAGGUUCGGGUACUCGAAUCGACGAGGGUCCCGGUCCGCCAUCCGGAUGACUCGGAUCGUAUCCGAGAUCGUCCGGAUGGGGUUGGAGGACGACGUACGGUGGUUCGUCAUGGGAGACGACGACACCGUGUUUUUCCCGGAUAAUUUAAUUCGGGUGUUACGAAAGUAUGAUCAUAAUAAGAUGUACUAUAUUGGGAGUAAUUCGGAAACACAUUUGCAAAAUAUUAAUUUUGCGUAUGACAUGGCUUUUGGAGGUGGAGGGUUUGCUCUAAGUUAUCCCUUAGCAUUGGCUAUUGAAAAGAUGCAAGAUGGUUGUAUCCAUAGAUAUACGGGUUUAUACGGUUCGGAUGAUCGGAUUCAGGCUUGUUUGGCCGAGCUCGGUGUUCCUCUCACUAGAGAACCCGGUUUCCAUCAGUGUGAUGUGCAUGGCAACCUAUUUGGGCUCCUAACAGCGCACCCAGUAGCACCACUAGUAACACUACAUCACCUAGAAAUAGUUGAUCCUAUAUUUCCAUACAUGAGCCGUCUCCAAGCCCUACAACGUCUAAAGAUAGCCGCAAAACUAGACUCGGAGUCACUAAUGCAACAAUCCAUUUGCUACGACUCGACUAGGAACUGGACCGUCUCAGUCUCCUGGGGGUACGCAGUGCAGAUAAUUCGUGGUUCUAUUACACCCCGGGAGAUGCAACGACCGUCUAGAACAUUUUUCAAUUGGUACAAUAGAGAUGAACCGGCGAGUUUUGCCUUCAACACAAGACCAUUUAGCAAGCACCCUUGUGAGAAGCCUUUCAUAUAUUAUCUUUCUAAAGCCGCGAUUAAUGCAGAGAUUAAUGUGACAGUGAGUGAGUAUGAGCUAUAUCAAAUCCCUCAUCCUUGGUGCUGGUGGAAAGUUGAGAACCCUGAGAAGUUUCACAAGGUUGAAGUUUAUAAGAAGCCUACUGACCCUCAUAAAUGGGAUGAGGGUCCAAGAAGGGAUUGUUGUAGAGUGAUGCAUACAGACAAGAAAAGUACAGUGUAUAGGAAUGGAUCAGUAUGGCAAUUUCUAGCAGCUUAUGAAGGGGAGAGAAACCUCAACUGCCAGUUCUUCAAGGCAAAGACACUAAGUGGGAAUUCAAAGGGAGAGAUUGAACAUAACGAGACAGUAAUACAUGUGUUAUCUGAUUCCUUGCAUUAUGCUUAA